GCCCGAGAGGCAUUUAAUGCAAGUCCCCCCCCCACCCCUUAUUUUUCAUUUUUUUAAAAAAAGGUUUAAUUCGAAUCCUUUCCACUGACGAUCAGUUUUGCAUGCUGAAGAUCAGUCGCAGCGCCAUCCUAGGCUGGUCUACUCUGGAGCAAGCUCCGUGGGGUUUGCUCCCAGGUAAGUGUGCGCAGGAUUGCAGCCUUAAUGCGGAUUAGCGGCCCCCUUCGUGCAGGCUGGACCAUUGCCCGGCCGUGUUUGCGGUGGGAAAGCUCUUCUGUAGCAAAAGUGGACAGGUGCUGUUGUUUUGUUUCAAGGAAGACUUUUGAGGAUGUGGCUGUGUGAGUUUCAUGGAAGUGUGAUGAAGAUCUGAUGCACUCAGACAGAUGAAUUCUAUCCUGGGUGGUCCUGCAAGAAAAUCACAGGAAUAUGGCCUCUCUGGAGUUUCCUAACGUGACCAUAAAGCUGGAAGACGAAGAUGAGAUGCCAUGGCUCCCGAAUAACCAGGGAUCAGAGGAUAUUAAGAAUUUCCCAGGCGACCGCUCAGCAGGAUUCCCUGUUCCUAAAACUGAAGUGGUCCAUGGGGGAGAUCCUUGGAUCCCAGAGCCUGUUUUGGAGGAAAAAGAGAUCCCAGCAGACUACGGCUCGGAGCUUCCGGAUGUGAUAAUAAAGUUGGAACAAGAAGAGGUGCCGUACGUUCCCUGCCGCCCGGUUUCGGAGGCCAGUGUGACAUUCCAGGAGGCCCACUCAGGAGAUGGACGUGACAGAAUAUUCAUGGGAGAAAUGCCAUAUUACUCAGGCUUUGGGAGAAGCUUCGGCGACAAACAAGGCCUUAUCAAACACGAGAGCCAACACCCCACAGAGAAACCACACAAGUGUUCCUGCUGCUCUAAAAGCUUCAUGAAAAGAUCCAACCUUCGCACACAUGAGAGAAUCCACACGGGAGAAAAGCCAUUUCGGUGCUCCGAGUGCGGGAACAGCUUCAGCGACGGAUCCAGCCUUAUUCGGCAUAAGCGGAAACACACGGGCGAGAAACCCUACAGUUGCUCAGUCUGUGGGAAACGGUUCAAUCAGAGCUCCAGCCUUAUCAGGCACGAGAGAAGCCACACUGAGCACAGACCUUACAAAUGCUUAGAGUGUGGUAAAAGAUUCAACCAGAGUUCGACCUUGGUCAGACAUGAGAGGAUCCAUAGAGAACAAAAACUCUUUAAAUGUCCGGAUUGCGACAAAAGAUUUAUUCAGACUGCGAGCCUCCUUGCACAUCAGAGAAUCCACCGGGGCGAAAAGCCGUAUAGCUGCUCCGUGUGUGACAAGGGCUUUGUUCAGAGAUCAAACCUCCUCAUUCACGAGAUGAAACACACCGGCUUGAAACCGUUCAAAUGUUCAGACUGUGGGAAAGGGUUCAAUCAGAACUCGAGUCUUGUCAUACACAGGAGAAUCCACACCGGAGAAAAACCAUACAAUUGUUCCCACUGCAGGAGACCUUUCAGCGACAAAUCGAGCCUUAACAAACACGAGAGAGCCCACAGAGGGGACAAGCCGUUUAAGUGCUCCACUUGUGGGAAAAGCUUUGUCCGGAGGUCACACCUUCUCACACACGAGAGAAUCCACACGGGAGUGAAGCCGUUCAAAUGUUCAGACUGCGGGAAAAGCUUCAGCAGCCGCUCGCAUCUGAUACGGCACGAGGGGACUCACACGGGCGAGAAGCCUUAUGAUUGCUCUUUCUGCGGGAAGAGCUUCAACCGGAAGUCCAACCUGACGAAUCACGAGAGGACGCACACGGGAGAGAAGCCCUAUCGGUGCUCCGACUGCGGGAAAAGCUUCAGCGACAGGUCGAGCCUCAUCAAGCACGAGAGGAUCCACACGGGAGAGAAGCCCUACAGCUGCGCGGCCUGCGAGAAAAGCUUCAGCGACAAGUCGAGCCUCAUCAGGCACGAGAGGAUCCACACGGAGGAGAAGCCUUAUAAAUGCUCGGAUUGCGGGAAGGGCUUCAACCAGAGCUCAAGCCUCAUCGUCCACGAGAGAACCCACACGGGGGAGAAGCCGUUCAAGUGCUCGGACUGCGGGAAAGGCUUCAUCCGGAGAACGAUUCUCAACAAGCACGAGAGAACCCACACUGAGGAGAAGCAAUGAAAGAAGGCCCGGACUGCGAACGGGGCUCGGGUCGUCUAAGCUGUGAAGAAACUCCGCUGGAAUGAGACUAUUAGGACUGAUAUAGUGGUAGCGAUGCAGCUGUGAAACAAGAAGUCCCUGGUUUGGUGAGAUCGCCUCUGUCGUGAUCUCAGGUCACCGUAGGCGAGCCAGUUCUCCCAACCUUUGGAACGUGGAUUCACACCUGGGCUGUGGCCCAACACAGAAUUAGGCCUAAUUAAAAUCCACUGAUUAGAGUGAGCCGAACAUGCUCAACCCCAACGUCAGAUGGGUUAUGAUCCUCAUGUUUUUCCAGGGUGGGGAAAAUGUCUGUGUUGGGGGAGGGAAAUGGGCGAGGGGCUCAAAACCAGGUAUAGGCAGACUUCAGGCUUGCUGGUUCUAAUUAUUAUUAUUAUUAUUAUUAUUAUUAUUAUUAUUAUUACAUGAGCUUUGUUUUUUAAAAAAAUCCAUCUAAAAGGCUAUCUAUAGCAGGGAAGAAAAACAGACAGAAGCCGCCCCCCCAUAUUAACCAGUUUAAUUGUGUUGCAAUUGUGUUGUAAGGAAAAUCACCUAUAAAGCCUUUUCCAACUGCUCUUGAACAAGCUGAAAUGGGUGGAGAAGUGGGAAUAUUUUCCACAGUGGACUGGCAAUGGGAGUGGAGUUUCAAUAUAAAUGACAAAACAGCCCAUUUCCCCUCACCUUGGUAUUCCGAGUUGGGUUCUUAGCUUGCCCAACACCGAAUUAGGCCUCUUCUGCACUAUACAUUUAAAGCAGUAUUGUAUCACUUUAAACAGACAUGACUUUCCCCUCAGAGCUUUCUGAGAACUGUGCUGUGUUUUUUAGACCCUUAUUUCCCCUAGAAAACUACAUUUCCCAGAAUUCCCUCCAAAGGGGGCUUGACUGUUAAACCACUCAUAAGAUGGCAGCUCUGUGACGUAAACACAGAAUUGUUAGGUGACCCCUGUUCCCCAAAUCUGAGAGUCCAUUCCUUUUCCCAUGGAACUCUGGGAAUUGUAGCUCUGUGAGGGGAAUGGGGGGGUUCCCCUAACUGCUCUCAGGGCCCUUCACAAACUACAGUUCCCAGGAUUCCUUGGGGGAAGAAGCUAUGACUGUUUAAAGUGGUGCGAUACGGCUUUAAAUUUAUAAUGUAGAUGGGGGCCUUACUUUCACCCUUGAGCCUCACCAACUAAAUCCAGGAGCAAAAUAUGGGUGAUGCGGGCGGCGCUGUGGUCUAAACCACUGAGCGUCUUGGGCAUGUGAAGCAGAAGGUCAGCAGUUCGAAUCCGCACAACGCGGUGAGCUCCCGUUGCUCUGUCCCAGCUCCUGCCAACCUAGCAGUUCAAAAGCACACCAGUGCAAGUAGAUAAAUAGGUACCACCGCGGCAGGAAGGUAAACGGCGUUUCCGUGCGCUCUGGCACUUGUCACGGUCCUCCAUGCGCCAGUAGUUUAGUCAUGCUGGCCACAUGACCCAGAAAAGCUGUCUGUGGACAAACGCCGGCUCCCUCGGCCUGAAAGCGAGAUGAGCGCCGUAACCCCAUAGUCGCCUUUGACUGGACCUAACCAUCCAGGGGUCCUUUACCUUUACCUUUUUU